AUGUCGCUCACAAUACCGCAGGCCUCGCAGGCGGGGCUGUUCAAGCCUGGCUACAAUAGCUACGACGCCGAAGAUGGGGCCGUUAUCCGCAAUAUUGAUGCCUGCAGAACGAUCGCUCAGACGGUGCAAACCUCACUCGGUCCCUAUGGACGCAAUAAGAUUGUUAUCAACCAUCUGGCAAAGAUGAUAUUGACCUCGGAUGCGGCCACCAUCUUGCGAGAAUUGGACGUUGUACACCCGGCCGCAAAGUUACUCGUCAUGGCCAGUCAACAGCAGGAAGCAGAGAUGGGUGACGGCACAAACAUGGUCAUCGUUCUCGCCGGAGAGUUACUGAAGAAGGCCGAGGAACUCAUCCGCAUGGGCCUGAAAACAAGCGACAUCGUGUCAGGCUACGAAAAGGCCCAAGCAUAUGCCUUGAAGUGCUUGGAGGAUCUUGAAGUCGACACCGUCGCAGACGUCCGCUCGGCCGAAGAGUUGAGCAAAUCCCUUCGAACCGUGGUCGCCUCCAAACAGUCCGGGUCUGAGGACGUUCUCUCCCAGCUGAUCGCCCAAGCCGUGCUCGCCGUCCUGCCCAAGAAUCCCGUAAACUUCAACGUCGACAACAUUCGGGUGGUGAAGAUCAUGGGGGGGGAUCUCUCUGCCUCGAGAGUCGUCAAGGGCAUGGUGUUCGGUCGUGAGCCAGAUGGGACAGUGAAGCGCGCGAAGAAGGCCAAAGUGGCAGUCUUCUCAUGUCCGAUUGACAUAUCCCAAACAGAGACAAAGGGAACGGUGCUUUUGAAGAACGCACAGGAAAUGUUGGACUUUUCCAAAGGCGAGGAAUCACAACUCGAAAAUGCCAUCCGCGAAAUCUACGACACAGGCGUGCGCGUCAUCGUGGCCGGCGCGACAAUUGGCGAGCUAGCCCUCCACUACCUGAACAGGUUCGGCGUCCUCGUCAUCAAGAUAAUGUCGAAAUUCGAACUCCGCCGGCUGUGUAGUGUCUGCAACGCUACACCUUUGGCUCGGCUGGGUGCACCCAUGCCCGACGAGAUGGGCAGCAUUGACGUCGUCGAAACGACAGAGAUUGGGGGCGACCGAGUGACCGUCUUUCGCCAGGAGUCCGACACAGCAACAACCCGAACAGCCACCAUCGUCCUUAGAGGAGCAACGCAAAACCACCUGGACGACGUCGAAAGAGCCAUUGACGACGGUGUCAAUGUGAUCAAGGCGGUCACGCGCGAUCCUAGACUGGUACCCGGCGCAGGCGCAACAGAAAUGCAACUCGUCGAACGGCUCAGCCAUUUCGCAGACAAGACACCUGGACUGGCUCAAUACGCGAUAAAGAAAUAUGCCGAGGCGUUUGAGGUCAUCCCGAGAACGUUGGCGGAAAGUGCCGGCUUAGACGCCACCGAGGUGUUGGCCAGACUGUACACGGCACAUCAACGACGGAUAGGCAGCUCGAGCGAAAUGAAAUCCCGAGAACAGACGAAUGGCUCCCGCGACGAGAGUGAUGAUGAAGACGAGGAGGAUGAAUCAUCUGGAAGCUCGGACGAAUCCGAAGAGCCAUAUUGGACGACAGGCGUCGACUUGGAGGUGUCAGACCCGUCAGGUGUGCUUGACGCCACGGAGGACGGUAUCCUCGACUUGCUGGUCACGAAGUCGUGGGCCAUAAGACUGGCCACCGAAGCCGCCAGGACAAUUUUGAGCGUCGAUCAGAUCAUCGUCGCGCGCCAGGCCGGUGGUCCUAAACCGCCGGGGCCAAACCCCAAUUGGGACGAGGAUUAA